AUGAGGGCAUUGAGCUUACCACUAGUCCUUUGGUGCAAAGUAUUGCAAACGCUGUUGGUUUGGCGAUUGCAACCAAGCGCCUCGCCGCCACUUUCAACCGCCCUGGAUACGAUAUCCUCGACAACCACACCUGGUGCAGUUGGCGACUCAUGCAAGCAAGAGGGCGUCGGUUGCGAAGCCUUCAGCUAUGCUGGCCAUCUGAAGCUCGGAAAAUUGACAGUCAUCUACGACAACAACCAAAUCAGUUGUGAUGGCAGUGUGGAUCUGACCAACAACGAAGAAGUCAACAAGAAGAUGGAAGCCUGCGGCUGGCAGAUCUUCAACGUGGAAGACGGCAGUAACGACAUCGCUGCCAUCGUCGCCACCAUGGAAAGGGGCAGGGAGAAAACAGACAAAAGCUGCUCUUCAUGCAACUCAGGACUCAUUGACGCAGGUGAAGACGGGCCAACGCAUCAUCCUGUGAAGCUAGCGGCGCUGUACCGUGCAAUGCCGCAUAUGCAGUACAUCCGGCUUGACGAUAGCGAGGAGGUGGCGGGCGCGUGGAAGACGAUGAUUGAGAACACCGACGGGCCUUUCAUGAUCAGUGUUAGCCUACAUGCACAUCCCCAGCUGGCGGGCCUUACGAAGCGCGAGGGUGUGGAGAAGGACGCGGAUGUGACUCUGAUCAGCGUUGGUGCUGAUCCGAGCUUCGCCGUGAACGUGGACGACGCCCUUGUCAAACAGUCCGUCAAAGCGCGCGUGCUCUCCUUCCCUUCACACACGCUUUUGCGUGCACAGCCACUCUCCUACCAGCGCGAAGUGCUCAGGCGAAACGAGAACAUCCCCGCCGUUGUCAUCGAGCCCUACGUCGCUCUGGGUUGGGAACGCUACGCCGACGCUGGCAUUAACAUGUCUUCCUUCGGACACUCCCUACCAGGGAAGUACAUCUACGAUCACUUCAGCUACGGGAACGACACUAUGCCGAAGAAAGUGCAGGGGAUUUUGGAGAGCUGGAAGAAGGGAGAUGUUGGGAGAGGCGAGUGUGUUGAGCUAUGA